ACUUGACUUGAGCGAUGAUCACUGUGUUCUCACGAGCUCUUUGAGGAUUUAUCAAAACAAUGAGAAGAAUGCCAUUUAUACCGGGUUAACUGCCGAAACAUGAUGUAUUAAAUGCAAGAGGGUGAUUUUGAAGCCUUGAAGUCUAUGAAUAUAAUGGGAUUUACGAACACCUAGUUAAUUCAUUAACUUUAAUCAGCGCUGUUCAAACUUUCCCAAGGUGAAGGAGAAAUCUCAGCUCUUUAGCAGAAGAUGUUAUAAUGGGGCUUUCUCUUUGGAUUCUGCUCUUGUUACUGCACUUCAAUGAGGGAAUUCAUGGGGUACGGUUCACCAAAAACCCUUCCAACCAAACGGUGACUCAGGGUAACAUGGCUCGUCUGGGCUGUGCCUUUGAGGGUUUGAGUGAACCUGAGAUCAUCUGGAUGAAGGAUGGAGAGAAGAUCUACAGCACUGAUCAGAUGUACAUCACACUGGAUGCACAUCACUGGGAGACCUUCCACAGUGUGAAAUCCGUGCAGCAACAAGAUGCUGGGAAGUACUGGUGUGAAGUCGAAUAUCACGGCACGAUCAUUUCCUCUGAGCCAGCUUGGAUCACAGUAGAAGGUGUGCCUCAUUUUGUGGAGGAACAAGAGGAUGUAGCUGUAUUUGCAGGGGAGCCGUUCAACCUGACAUGUGCUGCUUCAGGUCCUCCAGAACCUGUGGUGGUGUUAUGGUGGCUGGGAGACCAACAGAAUGGGGAUUUCAUGCCCUCCCCCUCAGUUCUCUUAGUUAAAGGUGUAAAUGAGAGUGUAAAGUUUUACUGUGAGGCCAAGAACGCUCGAGGCAUCUCUGUGUCACGCACAGGCACGGUGCACAUUAAAGUCCGUCCUGAUUCCCCCCGGGAUGUCAAGGUACAUCAUGUGUCUGAUCUUAAUAUAACCGUAACAUGGAGUCCAGGUUUCACAGGGCACUCACAGCUUUCCAGCUGCACUAUACAGGUGUCAAAGGGAUCUGGAAAGAAGGUGAAACUUCCUGAUCUGGAUGUUGUGGUUCCUCCCUUCCAGCAUGUGUUUGGGGGGCUCCACAGUUACUCAAAUUACAGUGUGAGAAUCCGGUGUGAUAAUGAGGUGGGCUCUUCCCCCUUCUCUCCCUGGGUGGACUUUCACACUCCAGAGGCAGCACCAUCAGCAGCUCCAAAGAACUUUACCUUUGAACUCAGUGAGCAGCAGCUCACUCUGUCCUGGGCGGCACUGGAACAGGAGGAGCUUUGUGGAAGGUUACUGGCUUAUAAAGUGCAGUGGAACCAGGGAGGAGAGAAUCAGGAUCCCUUACUGUUUAAGGACAACAUUGCCCGUCUCUCGGGUGCUGGGCGAUUCUUUAACGCCACCUUCCAAGUUGCUGCGUGCACAAACGCAGGAUGUGGCCCAUGGAGUCAGACUGUUCUUGUGAUGCCCAUGUCAGCCAUGCAGGCUCAGACCCAGAGGGGCCACAUAUGGGUAGGGCUUCUUUUCGGCCUUCUUGUGGCCACCAUGGUGGGACUCCUGUUGAUUGUACUGGUACGCAACAGAGGCAAAGAGACCCAGUUUGGGUCUGCAUUCGCAGCUCCAGGAACAGAAGUUCCGGUUUCCUUUACAGCCGCCAGGUCCUUCAACAGGCAGUUCCCUGAGCUCCCCGAAACCACAUUGGACAGUCUAGGAAUCAGCAGUGAUUUGAAGGCCAAGUUACAGGAUGUUCUCAUCUCUGAAAGGCUCUUAACUCUGGGACGAAUGCUUGGAAAAGACCCUCUCUCAGCAGAUGCUUAUCCAGUUCAUGCUGGAUAUUGCUCGAGGGAUGGAGUAUCUGAGCAACAAAAACAUCAUCCAUAGGGAUUUGGCUGCUCGUAACUGCAUGUUGAAUGAAAAUAUGAGCGUGUGUGUAGCAGAUUUUGGUCUCUCCAAGAAAAUCUACAGCGGCGACUACUAUAGACAAGGGUCUGUCUCUAAGUUGCCUGUGAAGUGGAUCGCUUUGGAAAGCCUGGCUGACAAUGUCUACACAACACAGAGUGAUGUGUGGGCAUUUGGUGUGACCAUGUGGGAGAUCAUGACUAGAGGUCAAACGCCUUACCCAGGGGUGGAGAACUCAGAAAUCUACGAGUAUCUUAUCAAAGGAGAAAGACUCAAGCAGCCUCCGGAUUGCCCUGGUGACGUUUAUGAAAUCAUGCACAGCUGUUGGUCUCCUGUCCCAAAGUGCCGUCCUAGUUUCCAACACCUCAUUGACCAGUUGGAGCUCUUGUGGGCGAAGCUGAAUCCAGCUCCUGUAAAAGAGCCGUUGCUGUAUGUGAACCUGGAGGAAGAGGAUGGAGAACAGGCCUCUGCCCCGGGCGCAGAUGUCGGGACCCGUAGUAUUGAGGAUCCCUCUUGGGGAGUACCGUGGCAGUGUGCAGGAAUAGAGGAAGACGAAAAGGACUGGCUAAUGGUGUCAUCGGGAGCAGCUUUUGCUAUUGGUGGAGACUACAGAUACAUCAUCGGCCCACGCGGUGGCGGUAUUGAUGAAGAGAGCAGGCGCUCUGAUGAUGGCCUGUCGGAGGAUAUCAGGGACGAGGAAGAGGACAUCAUCAUUAAUGUGUGAUCCCCCCCCCCACCCCCCCCAUGCUCCAGGAAUAAUACUUAACACGAAGAACUGUUAUCCAUGCUAACUGUUGAGGCGUGACGUGGACGUACAAUCAGCUGCUAAUACUUUUAGAAACAUGAUUUGACAUGUUUAUUUCAAUGGUAAUUAUUAAAUAUGACUGUAGCAAAGCCAGUGUUUCAACAAAUGCCAUUUUUAGAGUCAUAUCUGUGAUUUAUGAAGUGUAAAUUGUUAUUGUUAAUCCUCGUGCAUAUAUAUGUCUUUGCUGGUAUAUUUCCGGCAUUAUUUGUGUUUUGUAUGUGUGAGUGAAGUGUCAAUCACGUCCUGAGACUCACUUAUGUGGUGCCUUUUGUUUUAUAAUAGUUCCUGCACAUUUGUUACAUCGCAUGAAGAAAUUCCUUUGGAUUUAAAAUGCAUACUAUGACAUUAGCUCAGACUGUCAGUUUUUUAUACUUGCACUUAAAUGAAUGUUCUGGGUUAAAUAGCCAACUGAUUAAACUGUGCAUGCUGUA